GACUCUUAAGCAAUCAACUAUUUGGGCCUUUCUCUUCAGAGUAAUUUUUGUACAGAAAAUUGCUGUUGGGAUGAAGCUUUGUAGCUUUGGAGUCCUUAUAGCCAUCGUCCUCAUCUGUGAGCAGCAUGUCUUCGCAUUUCAGAGGCUAGUUAUUGUUCUCUGGCGGCCGGUAACAGCUGAACUUAUUGAGAAGAAAACAGAAGUCCAUUUUUUUGUGAAUGCAUCUGAUGUAAGCACUGUGAAAGCCCAUUUAAAGAUGAACAGCAUUUUAUUCAGCCUACAGAUGAAAAACAUGCAGUCUGGGGAAAAUAGUGCGGGAAUUUCUGCUCCUGGUGUGUCUCCACACCUCCCACGGAAGGCUGCCCACCCAAUACACACCCACGUUUCUGGAAAAGAACAAAAUGCCAAAAAUGCCAUAUGGAUUGACUGUGGAAUCCAUGCCAGAGAAUGGAUCUCUCCUGCUUUCUGCUUGUGGUUCGUAGACAAAGUAAUUUAUUUGUAUGGCGUAGAUGAGACGUAUGCCAAUCUUCUGAAGAAUGUGAAUUUCUAUGUUAUGCCACUGGUUAACGUGGAUGGUUACGACUACUCGUGGAAAAAGAUUACAGAGGAAGGCGCAUCAAGUUUCUCAUGCUCACAAACCUACUGUGGACUUUACCCUGAGUCAGAACCAGAAGCGAAGGCGGUGGCUAAUUUCUUGAGAAGAAAUGUUGACCACAUUAAAGCUUACAUCAGCAUGCAUUCAUACUCCCAGAAGAUACUGUUUCCAUAUUCCUACAGUCGAAGCAAAAGCAAAGACCACGAGGAGCUGGAGGUAAUUUAUGCAGAAGAAGUGGAAAUGGUGAAGGAGAUUGGUGAAAAGGUCAUCUCUGGUGAAAGGAAUACUGUAACUGAAAAGUCUGUGGGUGUGGGUGGGCAAAUGCCAAACAAAGUAAAUGAGAAUCACCUAGCAUAA